AAUCGAAGGAACUUUCGGAAUACUAUAUUAAGGAGAAUAGGAGAUGAGAAAAAGUUGCCUAAAAUGGUGGUUUGUUGAAGGUCAAAGUCAAAACCCCAGGCCCUCGUAUAAAUAUUAGAAAAUCCCAGAAUCGAAAAUCCAACCUAAGCCAAAGCCCUCUCUCUACAUCUCUCUCUGUCUCUCUCCUCCAAUGGAUUUCGAACCGAGGGCUUUGCUGUUGUUGUUAUUGUUAUCGUCUGUAUAAAUGUCUUUUCUUUAUGUCCAAGAAAUAAACAGGAAAACAGAAACGAGAACCAAUUCCAAUUCCACCUCCUCUUCAAUCGCUUUCUCUUACUAGAUUUAUCUAUAUAUUAACAAUACCCCUUUUCGACCUCCUUGUGACUACUUUCCCUCUCGAACUUUUUUCUCAACCCCAGCUCCUAAAAUUUGAAGGUUUAUUUUCCCUUCUUUUUUAGUGUCUUUUUUAUUUUUAAUCCCCAUUUGAGAUCGUAGUCAGAAUUUCAUUUUCCUGGAGUAGCGAUUUCCGUUAUCGCUUUUGGAUUCUAGGCUUCAUUAUAUAUUAGUCAAAUUGUUUAAUGUCUUACACCCUUACAAAUUAAUGGUGUCUGCAUUUAUCAAUGAGUAUUUGAUUCCUCAAACUUGUGAACAAGCUUUCCCACUUGUGAAGAAAUUAAACCGAAGGAUAAGUUUAGAUAUUUUAGAUUGUUUAUGUUUGAAUAAUCCAAUUGCUGGGUCAUUUGGUUGAGAAUAUGUAAGGGAUGAUAUCAGCUACAUUAUUGAAGAUUAUGUCACCCUGCUUUAAACCUUCGGUUGAGGGGGAUAGUUCAGGUAGAGCCGGAGAUGCAAAUGGCAGGGUUGAUGGUUUGCUAUGGUAUAAAGAUUCAGGACGACAUGUUAAUGGAGACUUCUCAAUGGCAGUGGUUCAAGCAAAUAAUUUGUUGGAAGACCAAAGCCAACUUGAAUCAGGACCAAUGAGCUCGUUUGAGUCAGGCCCUCAAGGAACAUUUGUUGGAAUUUAUGAUGGGCAUGGUGGUCCUGAAGCGUCUCGGUUUGUAAAUGAACACCUGUUUAAACAUAUCAAAACUAUUCAUGGUGCAGAAUUCACAUCAGAGAAUCAGGGAGUGUCUGCAGAUGUUAUCAGCAAAGCAUUUUUGGCAACUGAAGAGGAAUUCCUCUCUCUUGUUAAGAAGCAGUGGCUAGUUAAACCACUCCUUGCUUCUGUUGGUUCAUGUUGUUUGGUAGGCAUAAUAUGUAGUGGGAUGCUUUACAUUGCAAAUGCAGGAGAUUCCAGAGUGGUGUUAGGAAAACUAGAAAAAGCUGUAAAGCAGGUCAAAGCCAUUCAGCUGUCAGUUGAGCACAAUGCAAGUUAUGAAUCUGUGAGAGAGGAAUUGCAUUUGUUGCAUCCCGAUGAUCCGCAGAUUGUGAUUUUGAAGCACAAGGUUUGGCGAGUGAAGGGUUUAAUUCAGAUUUCAAGAUCCAUUGGUGAUGCUUAUCUGAAGAGAGCAGAGUUCAAUAGAGAACCUCUAUUGUCGAAGUUUAGACUGUCAGAACCUUUCCACAAGCCAAUCCUUAAAGCUGAACCAACAGUAUUGGUGCAAAAGCUUUUUCCUGAAGAUAAAUUUCUUAUAUUUGCUUCAGAUGGCCUAUGGGAGCACUUGAGCAAUCAGGAGGCAGUUGACAUUGUCCACAGCUGCCCACGUAAUGGCAUUGCAAAGAGACUCAUCAAAACCGCUCUCCGGGAAGCAGCUAAGAAACGAGAAAUGAGAUACUCGGACUUGAAAAAGAUUGAUCGAGGGGUGAGGAGACAUUUUCAUGACGAUAUUACGGUAAUAGUCUUGUUUCUUGAUUCACAUCUGGUCAGUCGCAGCUUCUGGCGUGGACCUUUAAUCUCAGUAAAAGCAGGUAGUUGAAUCAUUCAUCAUCUUGUGUCAAAGAGACAAUUUUGUUUCUUCAAAUGAGGAGGGAGGUUACAGAAAGUUUUUUUUUUCCUUCUCUUUUAAAUGUAUAGCCAUGCUUCUUUAAUUUGGUUCUGCAUACUGCGAAAACAAGACAUUACCUGGUGAUUACCACAGAAAUCUACCAUUUAAUUUAGCUAAGUUCUUUCGUGUUUCCUUGAUUAUAUAUACAAAGUUGCUUUCUAAGAGUGAUUCAGACAAUAUACUGAACUAUUUUGCAUUA